AUGGCUGAUGCUGGCCGAGUAUGGUUUUUACAUGUUACACGUGUAUUCCACAGCAGAUAAUUUGUUUAAUAGCGUUGCUUGCGCAUUGUAGUACUCCUAACAGUCAAAAAGCCGCAGCCAGUAGGCUAGUAGGCGAACGCUUCAGCGGCCAAAUUAAAUGUGCGAUUGUAUUAUUAAAAUGCUACUCAGUGCUAAUAAGUCAAAACUAGCAAAAAGAGUACGAGUGACUUCACGAGCAUCAGUGACAAAAUCCUUUACUAAAUCUGAAGUGAAAGUAAGCAAACAGACCCAGUCCUGGUUCAUAGCCUAUUCUAAAAUCCAUAAUGUGAAUGUCUGAAGACUAUGUAAACCAAUUUUACAAUCUCAUACAUACAUAAUGCCAAAGUGAUGAAGAGAAAAAUAGUAGGCUAUCUGACGUCCGGUCAUUUUAACAAACAGAAUUGCUGCGCUCCAGAUGUGACUGGGAUUGUUGUAUAUGUUUCUCAGCCAACUCCAGUUUCUGAGUCGAAUUAACUAUAAUUGGACAGCAGGUUUCCCCAACAGUGCGCGAUGGCCGAGGUCGGGGGCUUUCUUGGGACAUUCGAUUUGGAUUUACAAGUGUUUCCAGCACUCGGGAGUAUUCCUUUGCCUGAACCGCCUGUGGGUUUGAAUGAAAGACUGGGGCAGAUUGAAGGGAGGUUGCAGCGAGGGUCGCUGACAGAUUUUGGCCACCUGAAGGGUAUUCUACGGCGGCGACAGCUGUACUGCCGGACGGGUUUCCAUCUGGAGAUAUUUCCCAAUGCCACUGUACAAGGGACCAGGCAAGACCAUAGCAGAUUCGGGAUUUUGGAAUUCAUCAGCCUGGCUGUGGGGUUGGUCAGCAUCAGGGGAGUGGAUGCUGGACUCUAUCUGGGGAUGAACGAGAAGGGAGAGCUCUAUGGGUCGAAGAAGUUGACCGCAGAGUGUGUGUUCCGGGAGCAGUUUGAAGAGAACUGGUACAACACCUAUGCCUCCACGCUGUACAAGCACUCGGACACAGGGAGGUUCUACUAUGUGGCCCUAAACAAGGACGGUUCUCCCCGCGAGGGUAGCAGGACUAAAAAACAACAGAAGUUGACUCACUUCCUGCCCAGGCCUGUGGAGAUUGAGAAGAUCCCACAGGGAUACAGAGACCUGUUUCAGUAACCAGGGCAUUGCCUUGGACUGUUACCGGGGAAACUGGGGCAUUGCUUUUGGCCUGUAUGGCCUGGGAAUGCUGUAAAGAGUCUGAAGGCGAUUUCUCAUAACCCCCACCCCACCCCCCUCUCCAGGUGCGUUUAUGUCUGCUUUCCGGCCCAAAUGGAAUACACACUCCUUCGAGGCUAUCACCACAAACAUUGCGUGUGUGUUCCUGGAUAUAUCUGCUUCCUCCCUUGCUGGUACUUUUGAAAUCUUCAGUGAUUCAUCAAGGAUCAGUUUUCAGUCAUGGAGUCCACAUAAGAGAAAAUGCCAGAACAGGAGCUGACAAAUCUAUUGUGGUACAAGGCAGACUACCUGUAAGCAUAAAUGCGGGCCUAAUUCCAUCAGACUUUACACUCCUAUGUGCAACCUACCCAUCUAUGACAUGGAGUCAUUAAAGAAAGGAAGGAUGGCUAAUAGAACCUUGGGAUACCCAAUCUUAUCCACCUUUUACACAGGCCUGGGAACCAGUGUUCAGAGGUGGGUUCAUCCUGGUAAUUUCCCAGGUCUUCUCGAGUGUGAAAGUGUAACCUGGGAUUCAUUUGCUCAGUCAGCCAUAAAUUACAUUCUGUCCAAUUUCAAGGAGGUUUGAAAAAAAAAAAAAAGCGAAUAAAUCCAGAAAAGACUGGCCAAACAGUGGUUCGUCCAUGUUAUGACCCGCUCUAGGGUCAGACUGUAACAGGAAAUAGGAUAAGGGAAGUGAGUGGGGAAUGGGUAAUGGGAAUGAUAACUGCAGACUGACGAGCAACUCCGGUCCCUAUCUGCCUAUCCAAAACCAACUAACAUGGCUAGCCUUUGAAGGCAUGCCAGGUUCAGGGCAACUGAGUUUCGGGACACUUAGGGACAUAUUUACUAAGGAUUUGCUGGGCUUUUGAAGAUGCUAACGAGUCAAUUAGGAGGUAUAUGCUGGUAAAACGAGAUAUCUAAAAUUGUGGAAUACCUAAAAUUUGCGUGUUUGGGUUAAUGCAUAUGAAUUAACUCUGUAAAAAUAUGGGAGGAGAGAAUGUAAAUUUAUGCAUAUGACCUGCUACUGGUGAUUUGCAUCUGUUUUUUUAACAUCUGCAAAAAGCAGGUGUUAACUUCUUUUCAGCACAAGAUCAACAUGGCAUCAUCAGUGUGUUAGAAUAGGUUAGAGUCACCAUAAAUGUAACAGUUCUUGGAUUUUGCUAAUUUAUUCAGAAAAUAUUUAAAACAGAAUUGAUAUGUCAGCAGUCUAGACAUUAGCCUUUUCAGUUACAUUCAUAACUAUUGAAGUCGGAUGAAAUGAAAAUGCCCAAUAAUGUCUGUACGCAGGUUUUGUCUGCACAUACUAAUAUUAAUCAAGAAAAUACAUUUCCAGAUUAUUCACGAAAAAAGACAACUUCGUAACUUACCGUGUCGUGGACGAGGUAGCCGUUUCUUUUCCAUGAAUCACUUGGAGCAUCCAAAAGUUGAGGCUGUGUCAACACAGCAAGCAAAUUAGCUGAACACAUUUAACAUUAAACACUGAACUAACUUAAAGUGAAACACGUUGAUGAGUAAAAUUCAUUUCUUUAUUACAAUGCUUAAGGUUUCCCUAAAAGGACACUACAUGUGCAGUAGGUGGUUAUGAUAUUUCUUAAUCUGGGAGGUGGUAGAUCACUGAAUUGCACAUAUACAAACCUGAAAUGACUAUGGUAGCCAGAUUGUACAUUAAGUUAUUGACCGUGUUACAUUUAUCAAGCGUUACAUUUAUGGGGACUCUCCCAUACAUUUGCGAAAGGAGAGAAUCUUAUGAAAUAUUUUAAAACACACAACUUCUUAAUCAUUAGGAACAAUUGUCUGUUAGAAAAGUUGAGACACAGUGACUCUGGAGAUGGUUGGCUAUUCGGUACAGAAUUAAACAGCUUUAAAUAUUAAAACUGUGUUCUGAAGUUUUUUUUACUAGCGAGACGUGUUUAAACAUUUAAAGGUGACAGCACCGAUCCAUUGCAUCCAUGGAUCCUGACACCUUUCCUAAACCCGACCAGAGAUACAACAAUGCUGCUUUCCUGCCCUGCGCAAGGUGCAUCUUUAAUACUAGCAGUACAUUUAAAUGAACUUUGUGCGGCUAUACUCAUUUACGUAACCAGUCUUGGUAUAUACCCCGCUAAAUUGAAAACAUGCAGCAAUGCAGAAGUUUGUGGCACUGAUGGCAAUAUUCAGCAUUAGCUUAGUAAAUAUGGCCCUUAGUCUGCGGGCUGAGACCGUAGGGUCUACAUAAGAACCAGAGAGGGUAGGAGGGGCCAGAUGGUGAAGCCUAGGAAGUAACGGGAAACGGCCUCUACUGCGCAUGCUUGAGAGCAAAAGAGCUUACUGCCCACUGAAUUCAGUGUGGAAAACCAAGGUGAUUUAACUACCAAAGUAAACCUCGUCGGUCCUUUUUUUGUGAUUAUAAAUUUCAUUAUGUGCAGCACUUUGUGAAACAAUGGUUUAUUGGUCCAGAAGUCUUUGGAAAAUAUUUAUUAAAAUGUGCAUAUUUUAUUACAUUUUACAUAUCUUUGCAAUCUGAUUUUCAUAUGAAACGUAACAUUUCAAAAUACCAUCAAGGACAUUUUAUUGUGCCUUCAAAAGUUUCAUAUUCCCCAUUCACUUUACUGAAAACUCCAAUGUUUUGCCCUCAACAUGCGCAGUACAGGCUUACGUUCACGACUUCACAAGCUUAGGUUAGAUGAAGGUGUGCUUGCCCGUCUUGUUAAAUAUGCAUGUCUAUGGCUGAGACCAAGAAUCGUAAUAGUGUACCUCCAACGGAAAUUUCAACUUCCACCCAGAGUCACCUUCAAAAUAAAAAAGGAAAAAUAAUAAAGCAAAAUAACAAAAUAGUGUCCCAGCCAAUAUGAUGAAGAACAGGAAGAACAAGACACACACGCAACAGAGACUAAUUUAAACACAAGACUUAUGACAGAGGUCCUAACAGUCCACACGCUUGAAAUCAUAGUGUAAUCAAACAUUUAAUGUCCAUAUUUAAUGGCAAAACACAAAAUAACCAAAAAAAAAAAAA